AUGAGAGUUUGGAGAGCGGUUCGGUUUCCUCACACGGCCAGAUUGCCACCGGCUGCCAGUGUUCAGGUACAAACAGGGCUGGGCAAUUGGCCGGCCGGACUUUUGAACCAGUUCCCAAUUUUUUCUUCUGGCUUUCUUAGUCCACUUUUUUCGGUUUUACCUUCAAGAAUCGCGUUUCAAACGCGCAGCAACGUGUUGUUCCCCAUUUUUCUAUUAAAAGUUUAAAUUUUCCCAAUUUAUAGGCUCCUCCGGUAAGAUCCGACGAGAUUUCAUCGAAAAUCUUCGAUCCGGACGACUGGCCGUUGUGGAAAACCGCUCGAGAAUCAAUUGCCACGUCAUCUGAGACACACACGUCUUCUCCCUCUUCUUCUUCUUCAACCGCCGACGUCGUCGACGAUGAAAAUCCCGAAAAUUCGCCAAAAGAGAAGAAAAAGAAUCGGACGGAAGUGGUCGAAGAAAAUCGAUCCGAUGGACACGCGCCGAUCAAAACUGCUUGUUGUACGAGAACAUCGUUCGUUUUUACUGAAAACAAACUUGUCUCACUUUCAGCAGUUCUGAUGCAAGCGCUCCAGAAGUCAUCGUCGCGGACGACGUCGCUUUCCGACAUUGACGUCACUCUUUUCAAUUUUCAUUCGCAAAAAUUCGCGGAACGUCUUCUGGCGCGCAACGUUUCCAGCGUUGUCAUUGUCGAAUCGUCGCACGUCUUCUCGAAAAAUGCAAAGGCAAGUGCGCGUUACCGCACUUUGGCGCAAAAUUCAAAGUUCGGUGUGA